AUGAUAGUGGAAUCACUUUUUAAUGAGCUUCCCUAUAUGUUUUAUCUCGGCCUGUUUUUUGUAAACGUGCUCAUACUCUACUAUGCUUUCUUGAUGGAGUAUAUAGUCCUCAGUGUUGGCAUUGUCUUCUUGCCCGAGAAUAUGGACCAAGCACUGGUGGAUCUAGGAGUGCUUUCCGACCCAGCUUCUGUCCCGUACGACACAGAAGGUGAAAUGGACGUCUUUGAGGGGUACUUUGACUGAAGCAACGACCUCAACUGAAAUUGUAGAUGUGAGUGAGAUGAGCAACGACAGUUAGACCCAAGCACCGGAGUGAACAUGGAGACAGAACGUCAGAUGAGACCGAAGGUAGUAUUUGGAUACCCCUGUGGACCAACAAAGUGCACCCAGUCUCUUUGGACAGGAGUAAGUGGGAGACAACUCUACCCAGUAUGGAGACAACACG